AUGGUUCUCCUGGCUUGUCGACAUGCUGCAGUGAUUGCCUGGGACGCUUGCAAGUGGCGGGAACCCCCUCCAGAGGAUGCCAAGAUACACAAGUACGUCGGCAUCGACCCCGGGCGGACCAAGAUGUUUACCACGGUGGACGAACACGCCAACGUGACAUCCUGCUCUUCAAAGGAGUUCCACUCCAUGUCGGGGUCCAAGCGGCGGGAGAAACCAUUGCGAAGUGGCACGCAAAGACCCCAGACUUCGUGCCCGACCCACAAGACAGCCAGCACCGAGGUUCUGCUGUCGCGGGCGGUGUGGAUCGGCCCCAACCUGCGACGGGGCCUGGCCUGGCACAUGCAUGGGAAGCCGUUUCGAAAGCUGUGCCACCAGGCCUACGUCGCCAGGGAGCGGGCCAUCAACCGGCUGGCGGAGCAGUUCCGCGGCCCCCCCGGCAUGACUACCAUCUACGUGCCGGUUUGCCGAGGCGAGGAGAAGCUGGUGGACGUGUGGGACACCAAGCGGUGCGUCAACAAGACCUGCAAGGUCAACAUUGUCAACCGCGACGUGAAUGGAGCGGUGAACAUCCUGAUGCUGACCAAGUGCUUUUUUGAGAGAGGCCAGUCGUCCAACGUCGGCCUCUUGCCACCGAGUGACAGCGAUGACAGCGACAGCGAGGACGAGAAGCCCAAGCUGAAGCAGAACGCUCGCGUCGGGGAGCUGCCCUCCAGCUCUAGCGACGAGGACGACAGCAGCAGCAGCAGCGAGAGCGAGCCGGAGGUGGAGGCCCCGCGCCAGCCACGCAAGCGUCCCGAGGACGAGGUGGACCCGGCCCAGAUCGAGGCAGACAUGGCCCGGUUGAGGCUCAUCAAGGAGAAGCGGGAGGCCGACCGGCUGAAGCGCAUUGCCGAGGAGGGCUUCGACCGCUAUGCGCCCCCCGGCUCUGACAAGGCCAAGUGA